AUGAUCAAGUACAGAUUCAAGUCAAGCAAUGAUGAAACAGUUGAAAUAACCUACAAGAUCAGUGGACCCGGUGCUGAUCAGCCUCCUGAGGGGGUUUUUACUGUUGAUCGGAGAUCCGGGGUGCUGUAUGUGACUCAGCCGCUCGACAGGGAGAAGACAGCUAAUUACAGUCUGUGGGCUCAUGCACUGAAUGAGGGUGUUAAAGCUGAGGAGCCCAUGGAGCUCAUAAUCAACGUCAUCGACCAGAAUGACUACUCUCCAGAAUUCACACAAAACCCUUUCUACGGCCGAGUGAACGAGAGCGCUGAGAUCGAUGACAUCAUCACAAAGAUAACAGCAGUGGAUAAAGAUGACCCACAGACGAGCAAUGCGAUGAUCAGAUACAGAAUAAAUGCUCAGAUGCCUCAAAUGCCCGACAAGGACAUGUUUGCAAUAAACCCAGUGAGCGGAGCGAUCAGUGUGAAGGCUCUUGGACUUGACAGAGAGACUCACUCACAGUACAAGCUGAUCGUCGAAGCUGCAGACAUGGAGGGACACGGGUUAGUAACCACCGGCACUGUCAUCAUAAGCAUCACAGACAGCAACGACAAUGCUCCAGAGUUCACCAACACAUCUAUAUCCACAUCAGUCCCUGAGAGUGAGGUCGGAGUCGAGGAAGUAAGGAUAAAUUGACCGUUUACUGUCGAACUUCAGGGAGAGCACAGGACCAACUGGACUGUUAGCACCGAUUCCAGAAGUGAGAGACAAACCCCGGAGACACCAUGAACAGCCGACCUAUUUCAUUUGCAACCUGAUGAAAAAAACAAUC